ACGUAGUGUUUGCGUUGUGAUGCGUUUAGGCAAAAUGGCGGCGAAUUCCUGUCUCCAAGAACGCCCGACAUCAUGACGAACGCCGCGCCAAAUAUAAUCUCUGCUCGAUAAACCAGUCCGAUCAACGGGACAACGUCCCAUAAACCCUACUCUCAUAGGAAUGUACCAUCCAAAUAAGCUGCGGAACCGUAGUGUGCUAGCUACUAGAGACGUCAGUAAUUUCGGGCUCAGUGUGCAGGCUGCUGGCAGUGGACCGAAUGAAAAACAGGGACACAGACAGGGUGCAGACUUCCGCCUUGUUCGCGAGGCCCCCAGUGCACACACAUAUCGAGCAACAGACCUCGUACAGCCAGCCCACCUGAACCAGAGACCAGGAGCCUCUGAGGAUCUCAUUAGCGACCUUGUAUCGCCCGGUGCAGCCCGUGGGACCACCCCGCCCCUACAGAAGGACCAGCGGGGGAACAGACAGGUCCACACGCCCUCCACGGCAUACGUGUCGGAGCUGGGCUUCAACUCAGCACCACAGCGGAACCAACAUCAUCAACAACAACAGCAGCAACAACAACAACAGGAUCCCAUGAAGGAUGAGAUGAGCUCCCAUAAUGCCCGGCACACCCAGUCAGCUGGGGCCCUGUCGUCACGGCAACAGAAGGGAAACUACCUGCCAGGUGACAGGGUCAUCUUUGCAGAGAGCCCGUCUGCCCCAGGUAUCCCUAUUGUGUACAGGACACAGGAGGAGAGAGCCAGCAACCCGGACAGACUCAACCUGGACAGGAGACGGCUGACAGUCUGUCCUAUCUUGGAGGGAGAGGAACACCUGAGACUACUCAACCUUCAGCACAACCUCAUCUCCAAGAUCCAGCACCUCUCUAACCUCAGGCGGCUCAUCUUCCUGGACCUGUAUGAUAAUCAGAUAGAGGAGAUCACCGGUCUAGCUGCUCUCAAGUCCCUCAGGGUGCUGAUGCUGGGGAAAAACAGAAUCAAGAAAAUUGCUAACCUGGACAAUCUCCAAAAACUGGAUGUCUUAGAUCUCCAUGGAAACCUGAUAAAUAAGAUAGAGAACCUUCAGCACCUGAGUGAGCUGCGAGUGCUGAACCUGGCAGGUAACAGUAUCAUCCAUGUGGAGAACCUCAGUGGCAUGGACUCACUCGCUGAACUCAACCUCCGCAGGAACCAGAUUGUUAAUGUGACAGAGGUGGACACCCUGCCCAGCUUACAGAGACUCUUCCUCAGCUUCAACAAUAUAUCCAGUUUUGAUGACAUAGCGUGUCUGGGUGAGUCUGCGUCCCUGUCGGAGGUAUCGUUGGACGGGAACCCGCUGGCUCAGGAGGCCUUCUACAAACAGACCAUCCUCAAACACAUGGUGCAGCUCAGGCAGCUGGACAUGAGGAGGAUAUCGGAAGAGGAGAGGAGAAUAGCAGCAGUGAUGGCACGAAAAGAGGAGGAGAAGAAGAGAGAAACCAACAAGAUGGCCGUCAUAAAGGAGAAUAGAAAGUUGGCUAUCCGCAAUGCUGCUAGACAAUGGCAGAUGACACAAUUGCCUGCCUUGUCAAAAUCUUCACGGUUCCACCCAGACAACCAGCCUCCUGAGAAAAGAAGACUUGCCAUCAACAAUGCAGCCAGGAACUGGGAGGCACAUCAGUCUGCCACCCUGUCCAAGAUUGGCCGCUUCCAACCGUCACAGAAGGAUGUGGCCAGGAAGAGAGGCAGCCAACCUGAGGACGAGGAGAACAGGAACCUACCUCCAAACUGGCAGGACACGUCCUCAAAAAGCAGUCAGGAUAGCUUAUCUGGGGAUGCUUGGGUUCCAGGAGAAGGGGCAGAGGGCAGAGGUGAAAGGGCAACAUCCCAGUCCUCCUUCAGGAGUGAGUCACAGACAUCUGUCAGGUCUACUGACAGACCAAGAAGUCCAGACAGUAUUUCUAACGACAUCGGCCAGUCCCACUUGGCUGAGCUGGAGGGGGAGGUGCUGCACCUGUACGGGGCAGGGGCGCUCGACUCCCUGGACAGGAACUGGGGCAUCCAGGCCGCCGGCUCCGUCACCUCUGUCUCCUUCCACUUCAUCGACUUUGACUACAUCUCUAGGCAGCUACACAAGAUCCGCAACAGGUUUCCUAAUGUGCAGACAUUGAUAUUCAAUGAGACAAACAUCAGGAACCUGCAGCAGUUCAACACCCUGGCAUCGCUGCGUCGCCUUGACAACCUGUCUGUCGUGCCGGAGGGGAACCCCGUGACUCAGUUCACCCUCUGGAAGCCGUACGUGCUGUUCCGUCUGGCACACUUCUCUCUCAGGAAAAUCAACGACACGGAGGUGACUGCUGCAGACAUGGUGAAUGCAGAGAAGAUGUUUGGAACCCUGUCUCACAUCACCACCUCCCAGCUUCCACAGUCCAGACUUCUCACUCUCCUGGGAGAAACAAGGAGAAAGAAGCUUGGCAUGGUGAACGAACGGUUCCGGAAGUCGGAAGGUGAGGACGGGAAGAGCGAGCGAGCGUCGGAGUCGGUGGGGCGAGCGGGACUGCAGUACAUGUGUGAGGACCUGGCCAAGGACAAACUCAAGGAACAGACAGCCAGGACCAAGUUCUCCCAUGCAUACAUCAAGGAGCUGACGAAGGAAGCCACCAUCGGGAACAAGAAGCAGCAGGCAGUACAGCAGGUGUGGCAGUACCUGUUCAGGGAGAUGGUGCACAAGUUCAUCCAUGACAUGAGAGACUCACACACCUACAUGAGAGAACUCAUGGAAGACUUUGAGGGGAAGAAACAAAGUUGAGAGUAGAACGGACACAUCUGCAACUUACACUGCUGCUCAGAUCUCCUCCGACUAAAGGCCAACGUUUUACAUCUGGACUCAUGAAUGUACAUGUACUGCUACCUUUGCAUUGUACCAACAUAUCAAGCUAAAAGUAUCUUCAACAUGGUUGUCUUGAAUUUCGUUUGUUUUGAAGCCAGUUUUGGAGUACGACGGGGAGAAGAUGUCAGAGACACGGGUUUUGUGGGAAGGUACUUUCAGAUUUAAAAAGAGUUUUAGUUGGAAGGUAUAAAACUGUGCUAAUGCAAAUCUUGUCUCUUUUACAAACAUUGUAGUUAAGUUGAACUACCUUGAUCAGACCCCCAUGUUGCAAUGGGGGCACAGUGGUCAUUAAAUGCAACUAUGCAAGUCUUUAAGUCAUUCUACUCCAUUCAGUGCUGAUAGAACCACUUGUAACGUAGCUACAUUUCUAGAUAACUAGGUGAACUAGCUCUUUGACCACUGCACUAUUCAGGGAUUAACAGUAAGGUAUUUAGUAUAUAGUUGAGGAUGUUUUUAAACCUCCUUCAUAGUGUGUGCAUUUUGCACUUAUGAUAAACUACAGAUUCACAAUAUGAUCUUUAAUAUCUUUGAAAAAUGACAAUUGCUGCUACUAUAUGGUGGAACUUGUACAUAUUAUAAUGAUUAUAAUAUAUGAUAGAAGAUAUGUGAUGUGCAGUGAGGACCUUGUAAAAUGUUAUGAAGAAAACAGUACUUUCCCACCUGAUUUCAAUGAUAUUACAGAGAAUUAUUGAAAUCACAUGUAACAUGAAACCUGAAGUUUUUUUUGAAAAGCUAGAACAUGGUAUCUUAAAUUCAGUACCAACAUGAAAGUAUUCAAGGAAAUACUGGUCAGAAUUGAUAUGUCAGCAAUAUUAAUUUUUGAUGUUACAUUCAUUCAAGUACACAGUGUUCUUUGCUAUCAUAUCAAUAUUUUGUUUUGUUGUUUACACUUUCUUUGAAAGUUCUGAUGGAGAUGACAUUGUUUUACAGUAAGAGUGUUGGAAACGUACAAAGUUAUUUUCACAGCAUGCCUAGCAUGGGUCAUGCGUCACAUCUGGUGUAAUAAAAUUUGAAGAUUU